AUGAGUAGUUCAGUUAAUGGCGGUAUUGAGCACACAAAGCAAGAACCACAAGUACAAGUGAAACAGAAACCAGCGGAUACCCAUGGGCGAAGAUACACUUAUGCAAUACGUAAAGACUUGUCAGGACGCCAACUGAAUUGUUUCUUGGUGUUGGGUGGUUUGGUGUAUUUUCUCAUAUUCGGUUUCCAAUUAAGUGUGAGAGUACUGGGAUGUUGGGCUCAUUUUACAGAAGAAAACGCGUGUGAUUCGAGUUAUAUUCAGCCACUGUACUCAAUUAACACUAUAUAUUCUUUUCUAUGGAUUUAUUUGCUUGGAGUGCUGCCUACUCUGUUAUUGAGAAAAUGGUAUCGAAAUUCUUCCGAAACAGAAGAAAAUCUAUGGAGUGAUAUACGAAUUCAUCUUAGUUCUACGCGUACUUACGCGACCAUCAUGACUUAUGUAAUCACGGCCAUGGUGAUUGGGCGGUGCUAUUACAAGUAUUUGUUGCCAGAGUCUUUUAACCGAUCAUUGAAACUUUUCUUGCAACCUGAGGUUGAUUUCAGGUGUCAUCCAUUUCGCAGAGAAUCAUGUAAAAAUGACGCGUUGAAUGAGUAUACAAUGAUUCUAGCGGCGAAUACUGUUGGAUUUGGGGUAUGGUACGCGCUAGAUUACCUGAUUAGAAAACGCUUCCUUCUGAAUUUUCCUUCAGUUCAGAUUCCUAUUCUCCAAAUUCGAUUUGAACUCGGCUGGAGAUCACUACUUGAGACGCUCUGGCAGGAACGAUACGAGCAUUUACAAAGACUCCGUUCAUUCACUCUAUCAUUUCCUGAUGUGGAAGUCAUUUUAUUAUCUAAUAUUAUUGAUUGCACGACCUCUCAGUAUACAACUUAUCAAUCGAACAGUCUCUUGCUUGGUUUUUAUACUUACGUGUUGGACUUUGGCGCAUUGGCUAUUCGAGAACUACUUUACUCGGGUAUGCUUCUUUGGAAUGAAAAAUUGGUCGAUGGUUUCCACACAAAAAAGAAAAUCAUAUCGAGUAUUUCCAAUGAAGUUCUUGUAAACGGAUUAAACGCUAAAGAUGAACCAUACAUUCAGAGUCUUGCAUUCCUAGAAUUAUGGCACAUUGCAAAAGACUCAAAACACCUAACACGGCGCACAACAAUCUACCAGGAAUUCGAUAAAAACACAUGGACAAACAUAUCACGCGUCUGUAUCGAACUGAUUCUUGGUCUAGGAUACGCGGCAAACACCCAAAUACAAACGCAAUAUAAAAAGAACGAACAGAUCAGACGAUGGCGUGCCGAGAUUAAUCGUGAGCAAAAGAAUGGUGGAAGAGGAAAAGCAACAGGAGGACAAAAAGCAAAAUUGAUUCCAUUAAAAGAUAUUAACACAUCAGCGGGAUCUUACAUUCCUCGCCAUUCGGAGUACUGGGAUUUAGUAUGGUUUGAACGAUUAAGGAUGCGAGGUUUCGGAUAUCAUUAUUUUGUAUUUCCACUGUUAAACAGAACUAUCGAAAGGCGUAGCAUGAAUUUGUUGAAGGAUAAAAAUACUAUUGUACUUGCAGUCGAAGCAUUGGCCUCACUGACUAUAGAUUCAUUAACGCUGGAUCAAUACGGAGUUGUAUCACCAGACAUUUCAAAGGUAUUUGAAUGUAUGCUUGAUUGUCUAAUUGCGCUUGAAGAAUACGCGAAAAAGCCCCCAUUGUAUGAAUGGGAUUCACGCACACCUUCAAAAGCUCACUCACGGGUAUUGGCUGAUGUAGUCGGAAUCACGAAUGGCAAAUUUAUUUUUAAUCGUUGGGAGAAAAAGAGCAAUGAUGUAAUGAGCGCUGGUGUUGAUGUAGAUGGCGUUGAUGCAAGUAGGGUUGAUGAAGGUGGUGUUGAUACAGAUGAUGUUUCCUAUAAAUUUGAUUUCGAUUAG